UCUAGUCAUGGCGACGGUCCCUCCGCUGAGGGUUCCUGACCCCCCGGAAGCCUCGUUCGAGGAAGAUCAGGCCAAGAAUCAGGGAACUGAAGUAACAGGGGCACAGAAAGAGCAAGAGGAAGCCAAGAAUCAAGAAAUUGAUGAAACAGGGGCGCAAGAGGAUGCCAAGAAUCCAGAAAUUAAUGAAACAGGGGCGCAAGAGGAUGCCAAGAAUCCAGAAAUUGAUGAAACAGGGGCGCAAGAGAAUCCAGUAAUUGAUGAAACAGGGGCGCAAGAGGAUGCCAAGAAUCCAGUAAUUGAUGAAACAGGGGCGCAGAAAGAGCAACAUCAGGCAAAGAAUCACAAAACUGAAGUAAGAGGGGCACAAAAAGAGCAAGAGGUGGCAAAGAAUCAAGAAAUUGAAGUAACAGGGGCACAGAAAGAGCAAGAGGAGGCCAAGAGUCAAGAAAUUGAUAAAACAGGGGCACACAAAGAGCAAGAGGAGGCAAAGAAUCAAGAAAUUGAAGUAACAGUGGGUAUCGAAAGGAUUAUGGCUGCCAUGUUUCCUGAAUCAGAGAGGAUUUUCAAGUACUCAGAAGCUCAGCGUCAGGGUUUGGUCAUAUUCGUUGAUACCUUCGAGGAAGGAAGGAGAGAGGUUGACGUCUCGGAUUUUCUUGGUAGCCUGCAAUUGGAGUACGAAUGCUUAACCAGCAAGCUGGAGGUCCUCACGAAGAGGAAUGAGGAGCUUCAGCAUCAAUUGGAGUACGAACGCUUAACCACUGAGAUGGAGGUCCUCACGAAGACGAACGAGGAGCUUCAGCGUCAAUUGGAGCACAACGCUUAACCAGCGAGCUGGAGGUCCUCACGAAGAGGAACGAGGAGCUUCAGCGUCAAUUGGAGCACGGACGCUUAAGCAGGGAGCUGGAGGUCCUCACGAAGACUAACGAGGAGCUUCAGCGUCAAUUGGACCAACAACGCUUAACCAGCGAGCUGGAGGUCCUCACGAAGACGAACGAGGAGCUUCAGCGUCAAUUGGAGCACGAACGCUUAACCAGGGAGCUGGAGGUCCUCACGACGAGGAACAAGGAGCUUCAGAGUCAAUUGGAGAACAGACGCUUAACCAAGGAGCUGGCGGUCCUCACGAAGAGGAACGAGGAGCUUCAGCAUCAAUUGGAGCACCAAUGCUUAAUCACUAGGGUGGAGAUCCUCUGGAACGAGGAACUGCAGAGUCAAUUGGAGGAAGCAACAGGGGCAGGGUUCGAUGACCAAACAGACGUGGGAGAACAUUCUUCACUUUUGAGGGAGCGGUUAAUGGAUGGAGAAUGGCUGCGAUGAUUCCUGAGUUAGAGAGGAUUUUCGAGCACUCAGAAGCUCAGCGUCAGGGUUUGGUGGAUAUGUUAGAGGAAGCAAGGAGAGAGGUGGAGCUUUUGGAUUUGCUCCGGAACCUGCAAUUGGAACAGAAAUGCUCAACUAGUGAGCCGGACGUCGUCACGCAUCAAUUGGAGGAAGCAACAGGGGCAGGGCGAAAUGACCAACCAGACGUGCGUCAAGAACCCUAUUUCGAUUCCCCAUUUUGAUCCUAACUUUUUCUACCAUGUGCAAGACAGUUCGACUGUGACCCUUUGUUUGAUAUGAAUAAGGAAAUCUUUGGAUUCUGAAAUCCAUAUCCUUCAAUUCAUAGAGACCUGUAGUAUGAAAUAUGGUCAUUCUUUUCUAUAAUCCAUUUGCCUUAGUAUGAAGAAGCAACAACCCUCUCUCUCUCUCUCUCUCUUCUGUGUAUGUAGUAUGGAAUUGCAGUCGCACCAUUUUUUACUGUAAAUCAUUUUUGAAUAGAA